GGCAUGUUGUUUUAACUUUGAAUCAGUGUUGAAGCUCGUUUCAGGACAAGUCGGAGGCUUCAGUGGUGUUUUUAAAGAACAACCGUGAGGUGGUGAAGAGAUGUCAACGCACUGCAGAUGAAGAAGAACACACUCAAAUAGAAAAUAGACACAUGCAAAUUUUAGGGAAACAACUUCAUCAAUUUGACAACACACCCUGCAAAGAGUCACAACACAUGCAAAUACAGAGACGAGCUACAGAAGGAGGUGAUGACACAUUUAGUCCGACUGAAUGUACAAAGCAUCAGUAGUUUGCAUUAUGAAAAUCAAGUCUUUUUCCAGAGUCAACAAUCAGCGACAAAGCUCCCCAGAGACCACGCUGGAAUUUAAAGUAACUUCAGUCCACUGGAAAAAUACUUUUAAGUUUUCCAGACACAAAACUCCAGAAAGUGCAGAGCUCCUUCCUGUCAGCUGCUCAUGAUGCUGAAGGAGAUGGAAACGAGGGAUCAUUAAUAGAGUCGUCAGUUUGUGAUAUGGAUUUGAUUUGUUUUCCAUCAGACCUUUCCACUUCCGCUUCUAUGACCUUCAGUCGUCCGCCCCGAUCAGAGGAUGUAUCCGCCAGCUAGAAAGGAUUUCAUCUCGCUGACGCUCACUGACCCACACGGCCACAACUACAACAACGGGAAGCACCGCCGCCAGUCCUGCUGGAGGAAAUGGAAGCAGUUGUCUCGGCUGCAGCGAAGCCUCAUCCUGCUCCUGCUGGCUCUGCUGCUCAUCGUCGGACUGCUCUCAUAUCCAAGCAUCUCGCAGCAAUGGGGAGGUGUGUCAGACAGGGACGAGUGGCUGGAUCUGACCGACAGGGAGUUGAACCAAGCUCCUCCAGCCGUGAAGCCGGUGCUGGGUCUCGAUGCAGCGAAAGCCCUCGCCCCCAUGCCGGUGCCACAUUUAGGUGUAGCUGAGGGUCCAGAUACUGUGGCGGAGCCUAAAGGACCAAUCAUCCCUAUUUUGGCAAAACCUCCCAUUCAGAAAAAGACAAUUCCGAACAAGAGGGGUCCACCGGGCACAAAGAAAAAAGGCAAUGCUUCAGACCUGGUCGCUGGAGAAAAUCAAGAGCCAGUGGUUGUUCGAGAAGAAGAGGAAGGAAGAGAGGAUGAGGACAAAGACAAGAAAAUUGUUAGCUGGAGAGGAUCGCCGAUCGAAGCCGAACAGGCCACAGAGCCUCCGCCCUCGGCCGCUGAGAAAGACGCCGCGGUGCCCCCGGCCGACCCUGCUGCCACCGUCCCACUGGAAGUAUCAACUGGAAAGGUGGACAGACUGGAGGCCGUCCGCGACGCCUUCAGACACGCGUGGAAAGGCUACAGGGACCACGCCUGGGGUCACGACGAGCUCAAGCCCAUUUCCAAGUCGUUUGGGGAGUGGUUCGGUUUGGGUUUGACCCUCAUCGAUUCUCUGGACACCAUGUGGAUCCUGGGGCUAAAAGAAGAGUUUGAAGAGGCAAAGAUCUGGGUAGAGAAAGAACUCACCUUCAGCAAGAAUGUGGACGUUAACCUUUUUGAGACGACUAUCCGUGUGCUCGGGGGCCUGCUGAGCACCUACCACCUCUCAGGAGACCAGCUCUUCCUAGAGAAAGCAAAAGAUCUCGGGUCCAGGCUGAUGCCGGCCUUCAAAACUCCCUCAAAGAUCCCCUUCUCAGACGUGAACAUCGGGAAGGGAACCGCCCACCCCCCCCGCUGGACGUCCGACAGCACGCUGGCCGAGGUCACGAGCAUCCAGCUGGAGUUCAGAGAGCUGAGCCGCCUCACCCAGGAGCCUGAGUAUCAGGAGGUCGUGGACGAGGUGAUGAAGCUGGUCCACAAGCUGCCGGGCAAACACGACGGCCUGGUGCCCAUGUUCAUCAACACCAACAGCGGACAGUUCUCCCACAAAGGCGUGUUCACGCUGGGAGCCAGGGCCGACAGCUACUACGAGUACCUGCUCAAACAGUGGCUGCAGGGGGGGAAGAAGGAAGACGAUCUGCUGGAGGACUACCUGCAGGCCGUGGAGGGAGUGAAGAAGCACCUGGUGAAGCAGACGGGUCCCGGCAGGUUGACCUUCGUUGGAGAGCUGUCCCACGGCCGCUUCAACGCUAAGAUGGAUCACCUGGUUUGCUUCCUGCCAGGCACACUGGCGCUGGGGGCCCACAACGGGCUCCCCGGGGACCACAUGGAUCUGGCGGUGCGGCUGAUCGAGACGUGUCACCAGAUGUACACGCAGAUGGAGACGGGACUGAGCCCAGAGAUCGCUCACUUCAGCCUGCAGGCCAGCGACGGGCGGGACGUGGUGGUCAAGCCGGCGGACAGACACAACCUGCUGAGACCUGAGACGGUGGAAAGUCUCUUCUACAUGUACAGAUUCACCAAUGACACAAAGUACAGGGACUGGGGAUGGGAGAUUCUUCAGAGCUUCAAUAAGUACACGAAGGUCCCCGACGGCGGCUUCACGUCCAUUAACAACGUCCGUGACCCCCUCAACCCCGGGCCCCGGGACAAGAUGGAGAGCUUCUUCCUGGGCGAGACGCUGAAGUACCUGUACCUGCUCUUCUCCGACGACCCGGAGCUGCUCAGCCUGGAUAAGUUCAUCUUCAACACGGAGGCCCACCCGCUCCCCAUAUGGCCCUCCACGCCCAAGUGACGCUACCGUGCGGGAGACGUCUGUCAUGAACGACCGGGUGCACCGGAUCCUGUAUGAGUCCACCAGCUGCUCGGUCAGAACCCGUCCAGGCCGGAGCACAGCAGCUCUGUGGUGUCCACCGGCUCUCACCAUCCAGGAGUUCAUUCGGUUUUUCCUUUUUUCUUUAUUUCUUUAUAUAAGGAAAAGGUUUCUGUUGGAGCUGGUCUCUGAUGUAAAAAACUCUUUUGUGACUAUCUGGAGCUGACGAGUAAGAAGAAAGUGGGAUUAAUAACUAUAAUAACUGGGAAACAGUGCGAGCUCUGAUGCGUGUGUGUGUGUGUGUGGUUACAACCAUUAUGAUUCCCCCCCGCCCCCGUUCGUUUUUCUUCCAAAUUCUGAAGAGUAGAUCCUCGUUAGUCCUGUAGGCUCAGAAGUCGUGGCUGUGAAGUUACCAGUGCUGGAGCCCACUCAGCGAGAUGAAGCUCGAUGCUCUGAUGAAGUAAACACAGGCUCGUGUAUUAAAAUGAAGUUCAGUCACGACUAGUCAGCACUUUGUUAUUUCCUCUCAGGACAUCAUCUCCCCUGUACCGGUCCGUCCUGGGUGUUCUGGAGAGGUGCUCAGUUCCAGGGCAGCUAGUGCCUUGCUGAAGAGCACAGGCAGAAGAUUCCUCAAUCAUAGACUUUAUAUAAAGAUGGACGAUAGGUCUUUAAUUCCUUCCACUAUCUAGAAGUGAAGCCAGAGUCUGUGCAGUAGUUGUCAGGGGGCGGAGCAGCAGUGAGGAGGUCCAAUUGAUACGACUGCUCGACCAAUCACAAGUCUGUCUCAGCUGUCCAUCAGGACAUUCUCACCCAACUCAUCAGAAACUUACUCAAACAUCAUUGUGAUAAGAACUACCUAGAAUGACUUAGUUUGGUCAGUGUCCCGUCUGUUAACAUGGAGGGGACAGGGUUUAUGGCCUGUACUGCAGCCAGCCUCUGGGGGGCGCCCAAGAUGCUUUAGCAGAGCUCUCAUAUCGUCCAUCUUUAUACAAAGUCUCAUCCAAAUACCUCACGUGUGUCUUAUUUAGAUAAAACCUGAUUGAAACGGACUUUAAUCGUAGUUUUCUCUUAAUUUAGAAGAUUUGUGAACCCUCAGAAAUCUCUGCACCUCGGAUGAUCACGUGUUGGAUUCUUUUCCACAUGUAGCAGGAAUCGUUUCAACAGCAAAAGACAACUCACAGUUUAAAGGGAAAUCUGGUUGUUCUAUUGAAAUCGGGAUUUUUAAAUCACGUUUGAAGGUGGAAGGUAUUUAAUAGUGUGAUGAUUAAAUCAGACCUGAGUGAUUUCAGGUCUGUAACAAGAUGACACCUGGUUUUAUUAUUGAAUGUAGACAUUUGUUAUGUCAAUUUUUGGGGGGAUUUUGCUUUUUUGUCAUAGAGGAACUAAGAUAAAAGUCCAGUCUUGAGUUUCAUUAAAUCCAUUUUUGUUUUAAAUCAGAUACAGGAGAAUUAUCUGAGGCCGCCGCGGAGCCUUGAAUCUGCCAUCGCUGUGAAGUCGGAUCACAAAAUGAACAAAGUCAUCAUUUCCUGUGUCGGGGACGAUAACCACGCCGACGUUCAUUCAUCCUCUGUUCACAGGCGACUUGUCUCAGAGGGGAAGUCGUGUGGAAUUUGUUUUGUUCCUGCUCGAAGGAGUUUGAUUUAUCGCUGUCGAGCAGUCGCAGAUUUCCCGUCAAAUGUGAAGUAGAGCGGCGCCGGAGCUCUGGUUCUCCACGUGCUCACGUUGAAGGAUGUGUGUCCGGUGUUGUGUACGUGCUGCUCGAACAAACGUCUCGAUUCAGGACACAAGGUCACGUCCCCGUCCAUCGCUCCUCGUUCCGUGGACGCCGUCCAGCACAGAGCCAUACCCCCCCGUCCUCAGUGAAUGAAUGAGCUCGACACGUGCCAACGCUCUGCUGUGCCUGAAAUGUAAAUUAUGCUUUUGUUGGUUUUUGUUCUUUUAUUGUUGCUGACAAACAAACAUGGGUGUACAUAUUUCUGAAUGAGUAAAUGGUUUCUAACUUGUCUACUGAAUCAAACCUGUGUGUCUGCUGAUUUGUGAGCUCACACUUCUAUUUAUUUCCUUCAUAAAUGGUUCUGCCUUCACCUGUGUGUUAAAGAAGAGGUCUCAUGGUUUCUGGAGACCGAGCGUCCUCUUGUUUCUGUCCAGUUGUGUCCAUGAGAAGUUUGACAGGACACGUUUUGGCUCAGUAUGUGAAUGUGAGAGCGUUGAUGACAGUUCAUGUUUUCUGUGUUUAUUGAGUGAGAUCUGCAGAUGCUGUAGCUCUGACUCUGACUCACCACUGAUACGAUCUUGAUGAGCACAAAACCAUCACAAGUGAAUCUGUCAGGAAGCCUCCACGCUUGAGAGGACGCUUGAGAGGAUGAGGCCGGCGUCUCUGUCACUUCCUGAUUGUCAUCGAACUCGUGAAAAUAUGAAAAUCGUUUCGUGUGCGACUCGAAUUCAGACACUUUGACUCCUGGAGAAUUUAUCUGUGACGCUCGAGCAGAUUUGUUUUUCCAACUGUGGCACAUUUGGUUUUAGAGUGUUAGGAUGAUUUUGCAUUAAUGAUUUGGGAAAUGCUUUUGUUCCAAGUCACAUGACAUGAAAGUCACAGGCUCCGGUUGAACCUGCAGCUUCUUCACAUCCACUCUAAAUAUUCUGCUUCAUCUCUUCACUGUCACAGAUUUAUUGUUUUGCGACUGAUGGUAACACAACAGAUAAAUUACUCAUUGAGCUCCCACAGAAACUAUUUAAAUCAACUUGACAUUUCAUAUUCUAGUGGUUUCACAGCUGAUUCUAACACCUUGAAUAAUUAAAAGACAUUGGGCUGGUUAAUCGCUUUUUCUUUCAACUAGUAGAGGUUUUAAUUUCUCUGCUGUGGAUCAAAAACCAGAUUAUUUUAAAGGUAAUUUGGAUCUAAGCCAUAGAGCCACAUGACAGCUCUGCUAUUCAAACGGAUGCUGGUUGUUUCCUGGCUCCUGCUUCACUGACCUCGAGUCAGGGGCCAAACACCAGGAUCAAUAAUAUUCAAUACUAGGAACAAAAAGUCAAUAAUCCAUCUUAUUUAAGAAACAUGUAAAAAAGUGUUGAUAUUGAAUAGUUUUUCCCACUUUUCUGCACAAACUAAUGAUUUACGAGGUUUUAUCAGUCCCUUGUGUAUGUUUGCACUCAUCAAGCUGAAUUGUUUGUUAAUUUUUUUUGUCAUAAAUCAAAUCCACAUCCACUGUACAGAGCACCAGUGAGUCCAGUUGUGUCACGUUCUCCCAGUGCAAAGUAUUUUCCUGCCCACUCAGUUUUUAAAUAAAGGUUUCCAGCGAAGGUUUUGUACUGUA